AUGGCCUUACUUUUCCAAGUCCUUUCUAGCGCAAAGUGCGACUGCGGAGUUUUUACCUCCAUUAUGAAUUAUCUAAAGCAGCUCUUGGGUUAUCUCAAAAUAAACGACACGACGACGAGUGAAAUAAUUUGCAACAUAAUAUUGAAAGGAAUAUUCGUACUAGACACCGGGAGGAAUAAAAACAUCCGAAGUUUCUGCGAACUGAUAAUUUUGUUGAUCAACAACGAUAGGCAUUCGUUGAUGAACAUUUUGAGGGUGAUCAAAGAUACCAUGUCGUUGGAUUUCUUUUACCUUUUUUUGUUGACCCUGUUGAGCAGCCCGGCUAAUUCGUUCAUACGUCAAAAAGACGUGAAAGACAUCUACCUCUACUACCUAUUCGCUGGACUGCACACAAACAGAGAGAACAUUAUGUUGUACAGCUUGGAAAUGCUAAACAUGCUUAGUUUGUUAGAUGUCUAUCCCGAGAUAGUUCACCUGGCCGGUCUACUGCAAAACAUACUAGAAAUAAACAAUCGAAAUUACGAUACCUAUUUGUUCACCAUUAGCUGCAAUGUGGUAUGCAAGAUGAAGGAGAAUCAGAAGGAAGACCUCUACAACGCAGAACUGGCGCAGUUGGUGGAAAUUUGUUUCGAAGUCUUAAGACGCACCAAGGCGAAGAAAUUGUUAUACUUUUUUUUCCUGUACUCUCAUAAGAUGCUGAGCAUGCAUGACAGUUUUUUUGAUCUUUAUUUGAAGCGAUACAACGAAUUGAGCGACGAGGAACAGAAGGUUCUCCUCAGCAACAACAUUUUCGAAGCGUCAUUUAGGCAAAUAUGCAGCUGUAAAUUUGUACAGAGGCAUUUUUCGAAUAUCUUUUGCGAAAACAUGAAAACGCUAAGCGAAGAAAGUAAUCUGUCCCUUUUCCACUUAUUAUUAACAAAGGUGAGAUAA